AUGCAUGACCUUUUACACGAUCUUGCAUCAUUCGUGGCAAAGAAUGAGUGUUGUAUAGUAUACUCGUUCGAGCAAAAUAUUGUCCCAGGGAUUCGGCAUGUGUGCCUUGUUUACUCUGAUGAUUCUCCCGACGAAAAUGCUUCCAAGUUCUUUAAUAAAAUAGGAUAUUUGUGUACACUUGAGUUUCCAGUAUGCAGCAAAUCCUUUACUGAGACAUGUUUGAAGAGGUUCCAACAUUUGCGGAUGCUUGAUCUUUCCGAGUCUAAUUUCGAGGUAUUGCACAAAUGGAUUGGUAAUUUGAAGCAUUUAAGAAAACUCAACAUUUCCAACUGUCCCAACAUCAAGAAACUUCCCAACUCCAUUUGUGAGUUGCAAAAACUGCAGACUUUGGAUUUUGAUGGUUGUGACCAAAUUGAAGAGUUGCCUAAGGAUAUGAGUGGAUGCAACAACUUGGUAUCACUGCCACAUGGUUUGAAAUAUGUAGCUACAUUACAGUGGCUAGUUAUUGGGUCUUGUGAAAAGCUUGAUUUGAGUACGACACAGGGCUUCAAAGAGAAAGAAGCAGAUGAUGAUAUUCAAGAUUACCUCAUUCAUAAUGGUUUCAGCCUUCAAUCAUUGGCCAUUUUAGAUUUACCAAAGCUGGAGGCUCUACCCCAAUGGCUGCUACUGGUAUCUGCCAACACUUUAGAGAAUCUAACCGUUAGAAACUGCGAGAACCUCAAAACAUUAGCGGAGUGGCACAAUCUCACAUCACUUGAAAUAGUUGAGAUCAAGCAUUGCCCAGAAUUAUCAAGUCUGCCAAAAUCCAUGCAACGCCUCAAACAAUUGAGGAUUGAAGAUUGUCCUCUUUUAAGUCUAAGAUGCCAACAAGAAAUGGGUGUGGAAUGGCCCAAGACUGCUCAUGCCUCUCCUAUAGUAUUGGAUGGCAAUACAAUUUCAGCUGCACAUAAUUAA